UUCCGCUACGCGAACAAAAUGGAUGCCGCAUUGAAUAAUCGGAUUGAAAGCUUACCAUACCAUCCGUAUCUGUGGCGUCUGGUAACUGGAUAUCAUCGGAUUAGAUUGUGGAUUUUAAGCAAGAUCGGGAGAAUACCAAACGACAUCGACGACGUGAUUGAAGAAGAUUACGACGACAACAGCGAUGAUAGCGAUACCAAGUACUGCAUAAAGGAUUAUCCAUCCGACUCGUCUCUAGAGAAGAAGGAAAAACCCAUCCGAGCCGAGUACCUAAGCCUCAAAGGUGAUUUAUUUCGCAUUAAUGUACUGCGAGUGAUCAAAAGAAGGCUUCAGGUGCAGGGAUUUGAAAGGUUAGAAGCUUGCACGAAGGAAGGACUCAGUGAUGGCCUGCUGAAGUGUCUGAAGGACCGAAUGGGAAAAGAGCGGGACCUAGCCGCUGAUUGCCUGAGGCUGCUGGCCUUGGAGCUACGUGCUGAGGGUUCCAGCAUAUUUCAGGACAAGAUUUACCCUGAGCUGACCCCCCUGUUGACAGGCAUCUCCACCCACUACAAGACUCGCGCGGUCUGUGCCACGACACUUGCCACCUGGUGCUACCUGUGUUCCAGUGACCUGCAGAAAUGCAAAGAGCUGAGUACAAUUCUCGAAGAUAUGUUCAGUCGUGGUUGUGGGCAGGGAGAUAACUCUCUAGCCACUAGUGCACAAGGAGACAACUCUCCAGUCAAUAGUGGACAGGGAAACAACUCUCCAGUCAGUAGUGAACAGGGAAACAACUCUCCAGUCAGUAGUGGACAGGGAAGCAACUCUCCAGUCAAUAGUGGACAGGGAAACAACUCUCCAGUCAGUAGUGAACAGGGAAACAACUCUCCAGUCAGUAGUGGACAGGGAAACAACUCUCCAGUCAGUAGCGGACAGGGAGACAACUCUCAGAACGAAAUAUCCCAACAGAAUUGGUUGAUGUUCCACGUCUUGAAGGCUUGGUGUCUUCUGCUGACCAGUUGUACACAAGAUGACAUCCAGGCCCACAUCAACAAUCACGUGGGUUCUCUGAAGGAGUUGUUGAAGAGUUCUGACGAAGAGCUGCGCAUCACAGCUGGGGAGACGAUCGUCAUGCUUUAUCAGCUGGCUGGAGGUUCUGAUAAGGAAUGUAAAGAGAAGGGUGAUAAUGAAAGUCUUCGUGAAAUGUUAGAUGGGCUAGCAACAGAUUCUGUGAAAUAUCGGGCCAAGAAAGGCAGAGGACACUGGAAAACAAGCUUUAGAGAUGUUCAUCGCACUAUUAUAGCAGGCUAUAUGGAGAUUGUUGUCGGCAAAGCUAUGAAAAAACCUUGCGCCACUAAGGAAAUCGACAGCCAACUUGCCUCAACUGAUGUAGAGACGUGUGAAACGGUCUCUGGUGAAAAUAUUUAGACAUUUGGCCUAACAUUUAGCUGGCCACUGGUAAAGUUUUGGAGAUCUCCAUCUUGAUUAUCUAUCUUGAUUAUCUAUCUUAAUUCUCGUCAUCAAAAAAUAAAUAAAUGAAAGUAAUGUUUAUUCUUUCACCGAAUGUUUUUGUGGUGCGUUUCUUCCGUCUAUGUUUGUAGCCUGCUUGAAUAUGAUAGUUUUUAUGGGGAUUUGAUAUCAUUUUCAUCAUGAUCCUUCUUUAUUGCAAUAUAUAUGUUUAGAGAAAAUAUAUAAUAUUGAAACAGAAUAGAAUAAAUUAUUUAUUUUAGUCUAUUCUUAGUUAUGUUGGUUUGGUCAAUUAUCGCUCCUGGAUUGAUACAAAAUAGAGUAUACACAAACGAUGUUCUAUCGUAUAAAGCUAAUUACAUAUGUGUGUGUAUGUGUGUCAUAUUAAGGUAGUCAUAUGAACCUUUGGUUU